GUGGCCGGACGGAAGAGGUGGGCGUGACCAGACGCGAGAAGGGGGCGUGGCCAGACGAGGGGGCGCGGCCGCCGCACCCGGAAGCGGCGCCGAACGGGUCCCGAUCCGAUCCCGAAGGACAACGCGGAGGAGAGCAGAAGGUGAAGAUGUUCUCCUGCCGUCUCCGAGCUUUUUAGGGAAUCCACGGAAGCAGAAAAAGUGGGAUGAAGAGCUCGGGCAGGGAAUCACCUUCCUGCCAAGAGCCGGGAUUCCGCCUUCCCUACGGUCGCUGUAGGAUAUCUCCGUUGUAUCCGACGUUGUUUUUCCCACCCGGAUCGGGACUACGAAGUCUUUCUCGCUUGGAAUUAAAGGCAGAAGCGUAAAAAUAGGUUCCUCGGAGGUCUCCGGGUUGGAAAGACGGGAAUUUGCCAACUGCCUUCUCCUGGUGGGGAAGUUGAGGACACGGAGCAUGACGGAAUCCCGGAUCAAACGCCUUGCGACCACCUUGAUGGACGCCACGACGGAUAAGGACCCUCUGGUCCAGGAGCAGAUCUACAACGCUCUGUGCCACCUCGGGGAAUCGGAGCCGGAGGAGAUCCUCAACGCCUGCGAUGAGUACCUCCGGCAGCACGACAAGUUGGCGUUCCCUCAUCGCGUCAUCAUCCUGAAGGCCAUGGAGACCAUCGUUCGCAACAACAUCUCCCACCUGGACAAAAGUAUGGCCAAAGUGGUCAUCUUUUUGGCUUCUCAGGAGAUGACCAAAUCCAAGGAGGUGAUCCGGGAUUGGCAACAAGCGGCCAGCAACGUCCUGGUGGCCGUUGGCCAACGUUUCAUCAACAAAGUGAUGGAAGAAGUCCUCACCAAAUUCCAACCGGGAAUUCUACCCCAUUAUUUCGUCCUGGAGACCUUCGCCAACCUCUCCGUGGCCAACGUGUUUGGAAUGGUUCCUUUCCUCAACUCCAUCCUGGGAACGAUGCUGCCCAUGCUGGGAAUGGCCAAACAGGACCACCUGAAGGUUGUCUUCUGCUACGCUCUUCAACACUUCAGCGAGAGCAUCCAGGAGUAUUUGGCCAACUUGGACAAAGCUCCAGACCCGACGGUCAGGAAGGACACCUUCUCCAAUGACAUCUUCAGCGCUUACGAAGUGCUCUUCAACUCUUGGUUACAACACCGAGAAACCAAGUUGAGGUUGGCCGUGGUGGAGGCUUUGGGUCCCAUGACCCACCUGAUGCCGGCGGAGAAGCUGGAGGAGCAACUUCCCAAACUCAUUCCGGGCAUCCUCGGGCUCUACAAGAAACACACGGAGACCUUCUACAUCUCCAAGAGCCUCUGUCAGAUCCUGGAAGCGUCCGUCAACAUCGGAAGUCGCAGCCUGGACGUCCACUUGGAUUCUCUGAUGGCCACUUUGCACCCCCAGAUCUGUGUUCCCACCGAUCCGUCGGUUCCUCUGUCCGUCAAAAACCACACGGAAGUUCUCCGCUGCUUCACCGUUCUCGCCUCUUCCUUCCCCGACCGCGUCUUGGCCUUCCUCCUCCCGAAGUUGGAGAGCAGCAACGAGAGGACACGAGUGGGGACCCUCCUCAUCGUGAGACAAAUCAUCAACAGUGCCCCUUCUCAGAUGGAGAUAAAGAAGCCCUUCAUCCUUUCCGCUAUGAAGUUACCUCUUCAGGACAACAACAAUAAGGUGAAGCGGGCGGUGGUGCAGGUGAUCAGCGCCAUGGCUCAUCACGGUUACCUGGAGCAACCUGGAGGUGAAGCCCUCCUGGAGUUCCUCAUCCGUCAGUGCGCUCUCUCCUCGGAUACGCCCAAGAAGCCACCACCGGAUGCCGAUGAUCUCAGCAGCGAUGGUGUCCGGAGGAUCAGCGUCAAUACGCUCUUUCUUCUUAGCACGACGGUCGAGAGGAUGAACCACAUCCUUUGGCCGUUUCUCCUGGAAUUUCUCCUUCCGAUGCCCUUCACCAACGCUUUGACCCCACUCUGUAAGAGCCUCAUCUGUUUGGCCACGAAGAAACGAGAAGAGGACCAAAACGCGUCCCUCAUCCGUUACGACCUCAACGGAAAUCUUCCUUCUCCGUACGCGAUAACCACGAGAUUGCUGGUGGUGUCCUCCGAUCCGUACCUCGGAGACUGCCGAGGAACCUCUGCCCUCCGCCUUCUCAACGUCGUGUCCUGCAGUGUCCACCCAACGCUGGAGAAGCUUUGGAACGAGAAGAUUCCUCUCCUGGUGGAGCACCUGGAAGAAAACACGGAGAAUUCCCUGAUCCAGAAGGAAUGGGAGGAGAAGCUGCUCCUGUUCCUCCAGGAGACACUGAAGACCGUUUGGGACAACGCUUGGAUUUGUCCUUUGGUCCUGGAGAUGUGCAGGCAGCUCAACAGCUACAACGGGGCCCCAACGGAGAAGAAUUUCCUCUAUAAAUGCAUCGGAACAACUCUUGGGGCGUGUGGCACCAAAGACCUCGUCCAGAAACAGCUCCAGGAGCUUCUGGAGACCGCCAGGUACCACGAGGAGGCCGAGAGAGAGGGUCUCGCUUCCUGCUUUGGGCUCUGUGCCAUCCAUCACCUGGAGGACACCUUGGCCAAACUGGAGGAUUUCGUGAGGUCGGAUGUCUUCAAGAAGUCCGUGGGGCUCUUCAGUAUCUUCAAGGACCGUAACGAGAACGAAGUGGAGAAGGUGAAGAGCACUUUGAUCCUCUGCUACGGUUACGUCGCUGCCAACGCCCCCAAAGAGUUGGUGCUGUCCCGCAUCGAGGAGGACAUCCUGAAGAACAUCUUCCAGUACUUUAACACUAAGGUUCUGGGGAUAAAGGUAGAACCGAAGGACCUGACCCUGAAGCUGUGCCUCAUCCGGAGCAUCUGCAUGAUCAGCCAAGCCAUCUGCAACGGGAUGAAGUGCGGGGACUUUGUCUUCUCCCGCAAAGCCGAGCUCGUGGCCCAGAUGGUGGAGUUCAUCAAAGCAGAACCGCUGGAGGUGAUGCGGACGCCGAUUCGCCAACGGGCGAUGAUCACCUGCACUUACCUGGUCAUCCUGGAGCCCCAUCUCAGCGACCCCGACCGCACCGAGUUGAUGGACACCUGUCUCGCCAGCGUUCUCGCUCUCCCACCACCGGAAGCGGCCAAGGAACGGGAGGAGAACGGAGGCGAAGCCUUAUAUAAGGAGGUGCUGUAUGGUGACACCAUCAAUGCCCUCAAAGACCUCCUGAAGAGUCUCCUGCAGAGGAACCUGACCCCUCACGGCCUGCAGGACAUGUUUGCGCACUUGGGGCCGUGGAUCAAAUCGAGCAAAGCCCACGAGCGCGAGCGAGCGGUGGAGGUCAGCGCUUCCUUGCUGGACUUCUACCUGACCAAACUCAACGUCAGCACCGUCAUCCCCUUCUACAACCUCGGUGUCCUCAUGGCGCUCUUCUCGCCGCGCUGCUCGGACGCGUUGGCCGCCGUCCGCCAACGCGCCGUGGACUGCGUCUACACUUUGCUCUCCAUCCAACUCUGCUACGAAGGUUUUGCCCGGGAUCACAAGGAUGAGAUGGUGGAAGGACUGAAAGCUCUGAAGAAAGGGCUGGAAGAGCCGGACUUCACUGUUCUCUUCCAUACCUGCAACAACAUCGCCAUGGUGAUCGGGAAGCGCGUCCCUCCGGACCAACUGAUGAGCCUCCUCCUCGCCAUGUUCGAGGGGUUGGCGGAUCCUGAUAAGAACUGUUCUCGAGCGGCCACCGUCAUGAUCAACUCCCUCCUCAAGGAGCGUGGAGGUGUCUUGCAGGAGAAGGUUCCUGACAUCAUGAGCAUCAUCCACAGCAAGUUGGAGGAGGUGGACGAGGAACACCUCCGUAAGGCGGCCCAGCAGACCGUUUACAUCUUGGCUUCCCAACACAAGAGCGUGGUGGUCUCCAGCCUGUUGAGCAGCUCGCUACCCUUUGACAGCCACACGUGCGCCAUGUGGAGGUCCCUGGCCACCGACCCCGCGCUCGCCUCGCAGAUCCUGGAGCAACUUCUGGAGAAGAUAAACCGGGAUGUGCCGUACAAAGAGAGCAAAUGUUUCCUGCUGGGCAGCGGAUCGGAACGCAUCGCCACCCCUCUGCCUCUGGCUGCCACAUGUGCUUUGUAUGAGAUCAUGUCUGCUCCGGAGUCUGGAACGGCGGUGGUGGGACUUUAUCCGCCGUUGUUUGUGACUCUCCUGCUGCGCAUCAGCAGCACCGUGGGUGUUCAGCUCCCCAAGAACCUCCAGAGCAAAGAAAGGAGGAGCAACAACCACAACGCGACCUCCCGGAGUCUCCAUCCUUGCAGUUGGGCCGUGGAAACGCUGAAGGUGAUGCUGAUCCGGGGAGGCAGCGAGGAGGUGGCCAAGGUUGUCGGAAGCACCGGUGGUUGGGAGCUGAUGGCAAGUCCGGAGAGGCACCACGAUGGCAUUGCUUUGCUCGCUGGGGCGAUGGCGCGCCACGCUGGACCUCGGCUCCCUCUGAUUGUGAAGAACCUCAUCCCAACACUGAGCAGCGUCUUUGACAGCCAGAGGAUCACCACCACCGCCUUCUUCGCUGAGCUCCUCAACAACAACGUGGUGAAUGACCUGAUCCUGCUGGAAACCAUGAUGGACAACAUGACGGGGAGGCAGAAGGACACGUGCUUGUUGGUGCGGAUGCUGGCUCUCCGCGGACUGGGCAACAUUGCCUCGGGAUCGCCGGAUAAGGUGAGGAAACACGGCGCCAAGCUCCUGGCGUCCAUGGUCAACGGCAUGGAUGACAAAGACGACCCUCACAACCUGAUUGCGCUGGAGGCCAUGUCCGGUCUCUCCAAGCUCCUGGAUCACCUGGAGGAAAGAGACAUCCAGUCCAUGCUCCUUCACAUCGCCAUCAGGAUCCGGCCCUUCUUCGACAGCGAGCAACCUGAGCUUCGCCAGUCGUCCAUCGUUCUCUUCGGCAACUUGACCAAAUUCAGCGAAGGCGAAGCCUUCUUCGAGCAGAUCUUCAACGGGUUGGUGACGCUGCUGCUGCACCUCCAGGAUCCCAAACCGGAGGUGGUCAAGGCCUGCAAGUUCGCUCUGCGCAUGUGUGGUCCCAACAUGGGCUGCGAAGGGCUUUGUGACAUGUUCCUCAACCACCUGCGGGAAGAACGGAGUCUUCACUACGGAGAGUUCAUGAACAACGUCUGCAAACACCUGAUGCAGACGUACCCCGAGAUGCUGAACCGCCUCAUCUCAACCAACCUCUUCUACUUCAAGAGCAGUUGGGUGGACAUCCGAGCGGCUGCGCCCAUGUUCAUCGGCUUCCUCGUGCUUCACGUGGAUGAAGAUCACUGCCAGCAAGUGGACUUGGACCAACUCCUAUCGGCUCUGAACCUUCUCCUGAAGGACCCCAUCCCUGCCGUCCGUGUGAAGGUGGCCGAGACCCUGGGCCGCCUCGUCCGGAUCCUGUGAUUCCCGGCGCGUCCCAACUCCAUCGCAGCAAUACUUGGGUGAGCUCUGAUGGCCACCACCUCCGUAGCCGGGGGAGAUCCCUCAGCCACGACCACGUCUUCCUCCCUCCAUCACCUUCUGCAGCAGCUCCAACGUCUUCCUCUACGGAAGCCCAGCGCCUUCACCGACCCCUCCAGGACCAUUCCAGCCUGGCCGUGGCACCGCGGUGGCUGAAGGACACGAGUCCUGGAUGAUUUUUGGGAUGAGGGUGGUGGACACCAGUGGCAGCGUGGAGAAGGAAGGGUUGGAAGGAAGGGUUGGCUCCAAGGUUGGCUUGGAGCCGCACGUUGGCAGCAUCUCUUGGCUUCCACUCAGCCCCGAGCAGGAUGAGUCCUCCUGGCUGUCUCCAGCCCCUCAUCCCACCCUGCUGCUCCCCUCGCUGCUCACCGUGGGGUUCCUCUCCCACGUGACGAAUGUGACCGUCUCCACCACCACCACCACAUGUACAGAAAAGGUCUUUUUAAAUAAAGCUCUUUGCUCCU